AUGGGGCGUCUUUCACUUCCUGGGACCGAGCGGCGCGACUCCGCACACGACGAAACGGCGGGCGGCUCUGGGCUGGGCGACUCACCGACGGCGGCACCACUCCGAACUCGAGACUCGUCUCACGACAGCCGACACUCGGACUGGAGACUAAAGAUCGCCGAAGAGGAUGGAAGAAAAGACGAAUUUCACCUCGUCCGGGCCACGCCCCCUCCACAUUUUCACCAACCCAAUGCUGAUGAUGCAAAGUCACCGAGGCUGAAAAAUAUUGACCGAAGUUCUGCUCAAACUCGAGAAAUCACUGUGAAUAAUGUCACUGUAAUAAUAACUGAGUACAAACCUAAGAAAAAGAAAUCAUCAGAUGCUUCCAGUAGUACUUCAGAGGAAAGUCAGACGGACACAAGCAUGGAUGCAAGAAGUAUCGAUUUGGCAACAGAUUCAAGAAGUUCUUAA